AUGAUAUAUGUGUUGGCGACAGACGAAAAGUACAAUGAAGCGGUUUAUAGUACUGCUAAACGGCUAGUUGCCGCAAUCGACGGCCUUCCGGAUCCUGGUGGGCCCGAAGCUAAGGAAAACAAAAGGGAAUCAAACUUUAAAACUAAGGAAGAGACAGCCGAGAAAAGAGAUCAGUUUACACUUGUUGUCGGAGGUUUGUUGGCUAUUGCUUUUGUUGUUCCUAUGGCACAAUACUACGCCUAUGUCUCCAAAAAGUAGUUAUGCUUAUGCAUGUCUAGUCGUAUAAAAUCGUGUUCAUGGAAUACAAGUGAGGAAUGUAAUUAGAAAAUUGAUAUUUUAAAUGUGGAUUUGUAUUGUUUACCGAAAUGCACUUGUUGUUAGUUGCUCUAGCAAUGUACUUUAAGGCCUCAUUUGUUAUGCAAAACACAAUAUGAUA